AGAGGAAGGGCAGGAGGGAGGAGGGAGCAGGAGCGAGGUGAUGGGGGAGGAGGAGGAGCAGCAACAACAGGAGGAGGACUGCAGCCCGCGCCCCGCCUGAGGACCAGGAGGAGGAAGAGGAGGUAAGGACACCGAGGACAGAGUCACGGUGAGCAUCUGAGUCUCAUGUGGGCUGAACCAUUUGGAAGGGCCAUGCAAGACCCAGGCUGUGUCUGGACCUCUGGAUAAGACCACACCUUCCCCUCCUAGACAGGCAUUCCCGCCUCCUGAAGUUCCUCUAGAUGAAAGAAGCCACAACAAACUCUGUCCACGUGUCCGCUCCCAGGGAGUUCCGGCUUCCUCUCAGACAGCCGCAAAGCCUCUCCUGGGUGUCCCGAGUGGCACAUUGUUCUCCUCCGGAACCGUGGCGUUUGAUUCUCUGGUCUAUUUAACAAGGUCUUCUCUUGUACAAGAUUGUGACUUGGAGUUUCUUAUUUCUUUGAAUAAAAAGCCAGAAGAGUGGAAAGAGAUGAGCUCAGUGAAACUCUGCUCUGUAAAGCUGAACGAUGGGUUCUUCAUGCCCAUGCUGGGAUUUGGCACCUCUGCUCCUAAUAAGGUUGCUAAGAGUGAGGUGGAAGAGGCUGUCAUGAAAGCAAUCGAUGUAGGCUACCGCCAUUUUGACUCCGCUUACUUGUAUCUAAAUGAAGAAGAGAUUGGGAGGGCCAUCCAGAAGAAGAUCGCUGAUGGCUCUGUGAAGAGAGAGGACAUAUUCUACACUUCAAAGGUGUGGGGAACCUUUUUACGUCCAGAAUUGGUUCAAACCAGCUUGGAAAUAUCGCUGAGGAAACUUCAGUUGAGCUACGUGGAUCUUUAUCUUAUACAUAUCCCAAUACCUUUGAAGCCUGGGGAAGAGCUCUUCCCAAAGGACGAACACGGAGAACUCAUUUUCGACACAGUGGAUCUCUGUGCCACGUGGGAGGCCAUGGAGAAGUGCAAGGAUUCAGGGCUGGCCAAGUCCAUCGGGGUGUCCAACUUCAACCACAAGCAGCUGGAGAGGAUCCUGGACAAGCCCAGCCUCAAGUACAAGCCCGUGUGCAACCAGGUGGAGUGUCAGCCUUACCUCAACCAGAGCAAACUGCUGGAGUUCUGCAAGUCCCAGGACAUCGUCUUGACUGCGUACGCGGCCUUGGGGUCCAACUCAGGGAAGGAAUGGCUGAGCAAGAACAACCCAGUUCUCCUGGAGGACCCAGUGCUCAGUGCCAUUGCUGCAAGGCACAGGCGAACCCCAGCCCAGGUGGCCCUGCGCUACCAGCUGCAGCGGGGGGUGGUGGCCCUGGCCAAGAGCUUCAAUGAGGAGAGAAUUCGGGAGAACUUCCAGGCUCUGGAUUUCCAGCUGACACCAGAGGACAUGGAAAGUCUAGACAGUCUAAACAGGAACAUUCGCUAUUUUGUAGAUCCUUUAGUCAACCGAUGGGAUGGCGUCCUUUGCGGGCACCCUCAACUAAUGCCUCUCUCCCUCUGCCUUCCUCAUCGGUCUACAUGAAACCUGGUUAAAUCCCACUGUCUGCCUCCAUCGUCAGUUUUUCCCUCCCCACGAAGUUAUUCCUAGAGGUACUCAAACCUGCUCUUGUCUUUAAAAAAACAAAAAUCUCCCUUUGAGCCGACUUCACUCUACAUCCCGUUUCUCCUUUCACACGGAAACUUCCUGAAGAAGGCUGUCCUCGCUUCCUCUAGCUUCUCUCUUCCCCUGCUCUUCUGAACCCAGGCCAACCAGACAUCUGCUGUCCACUUUGCCAAAACUCUUCUCGCCCAGGUCAGCCACGACCUCGUCUUGCUUUAGCGGGAGGAACACUCCUAGAAACACACUCCUGGCUUGCUUUCUGCACAGCCAAUCUGGUUUCCCCCCGUCUCCCUGGCCAUGUCCCUUGUCGUGUUCUUUGCAGGUUCCUCCCCAGCAGCUCGACCUCUUAACUUUGGGGUGACCAAGGGCGCCAUCCUUGGACCCCUUCUCUUUUCCGCCUGCACCCACAUCCUCGGUGGUUUAAUCUAGUCUCGUGCUUUAAACACCAUCUAAAAUAUACACUCCCCCAAAUUAUACCCGACCCCGACCUGAGCCCUGGACCAACGUUUGCAUAUCCCUUUAUUCAACGACACUUGGGUGUGUGAUAGACAUCUCAAAACCUGUCGUGUCUACGCUGAGCUCCCAGUGGCAACUGCUCGCAGGUGCCCCCACCACACGCACCACAAACACGCUCACACCGAGGUCUUCCGGCUCAGGUAGGCAACUGGCUGCCGUCUGUUCUUCCGGCCUCUGUACCCGACGUCCAUGCCCAGCAGCCAGAGUGACGGGCACCCCUCUUCUUGACAUCCGGUAGCCUAUUGCACUCAGGGAGAAGGCCACCUUCCUCACAGCACCCGCAAGGGCCAGCAGGACGCUGCCUCCCUGGCCGUCUGCCUCCACGUCCUUCUACUGUGCCCCGCUGACCCCGUGCAGCCCGGUGGCCUCCUGGCCGUCCCUCUCACACACCUGUGCCAGGGACCGUUCUCUCUCUGCCUGCGACACUCUUCCUCCCGCUCCUUCACCACGUUCACGUCCGCACUCAGGGCUCACCUCCGUGACACCUUCUCUGUCACCCUUCCUGAAAACGCAACCCUUUCUCUCUGCUCUGCGUUUUUGUGUUGAUAGUCCUCAUUAGCAUACCAUCCAGGUUCUUGAUUUACGUUGCUUAUUUUCUGUUUACCUCGAUUGAAAUGCUAGAUUCCCAGGGUGGGAUUUUUAAAAUUCUGUCUCCCUGAGUGAUAAACACUGGUUGAAUGAAUGAUAUCGUAAAACAAUAGAGAGGG